AUGGACUCUUCCAACACCUUCCAGUUCGGAAAAUCCGCCAAAUUUGAAUUCAAUAUGCCUGGCAAGUUUGAGUCUGCCUUCCCAAUUCCGGCCCAGGCGCCGGAGACAAAACAGCAGCCGUCACAGCCUCCGCUGGCUGUGACGGCCAACUACCCGGGUAACCAAUACGUUACCCUGGCCCAGUACGAGGACUUGGAGAAACGCCUCGAGGCCUUAACGACUGAAGUGGAGAAGGAGAAAUGUCUCCGAGACAUGGUGCGAAAGAGCGCCACGAAUAUGGAGCAGGCCUACCAAGGCCUGCAAAACACACACCAAGCGGCCGUAGACCGCAUCAAAGAACUGGAGAUUGCUCUCCAAGACUCUAACAAGCGCCUUGAGAUCUGCAAGGCAGCUCUCGAGAAUUCCCAGGCCCAAUACAAGGCCACAGCCAAGGACCUUCAGGCUUGCCAAGCCAAGCUUGAAGCGGCCGAAGCAUCUGUGGACGCCAAAGUCCACGAAUUCAAAGUCAAGCUCGAGAAUGAGCUUGUCGAGGAGCACUUCCAGAAUCUAAUGAUGGAUCUCGACAAAGAAGUCUCCAUAGCAUCCCCUUCAACAACCCCUCCUCCUCUCUCCUCCCAACCCACCAAUCUCGCACUCGCCACCCCCAUUACUGUCGCAGAGACAGUACCAACAGCCGACAAACGUUACUUGCGGCUCGAACUCGAGAAGGAGGAUGUGGUCGUAAAAUACGACCAGCUCUUGCGUAACACAGCUACGCUACUACGUGGCCAGAGAAUGGCCAAUUGGACUAUGAUUAUCUUCUUAGCUCUUAUGAGCAUGCAUGUGGCUGCCUGGCUAACAAGCCCCAGCCCGGCUGGUCCAGGUGCGUUUGGAUUCGGCUGGAUAGCCGAGGACUCAGCGCUCAGUCGCCUCCACGCCUGGGCUCUCACGUAUUUGGUAGAGGCAACUGGUGGUCUGAGGGUCUAUCUAUAG